UUCUUUUUAUUGCUGCAUUUGUGUUCUACAAGACAGCCUCUCCAAGAUUAACAUUUCUUAUGAUUGUUCCUGACAAUGGAUUCACUUCCAGAGGCCCUGCUAAGGAUAACCAAAAAAGGGCAUGGAGCGGGCUGGUUUUGGCAGCCUGCACGCAGUUUCAGAGCUUUUUAGGUCUUGGGUUUUCUGAUGAGUGAUUUCCUGAGCAUGCCUAGGGAAUGACAGGCAUCUCCACAGGCAGGCUGCAUCCACCUUGGCUGGGGUGUCGUCAUUGGCUGCCUAUUAGAAAAACGACAGGACAAUGCAUACCACCGCCUGCCGACUGUAAACAUAGGGGAUAUGUGUUCACUUAGCAUGGACUUCUGGGAGGGGCCAAGGAAGGGCGGUCUGGAGUUCUAUUGAAUAGAGCAGUGUGUAUUCGGCUGCCUGCCUGCCUUCUUGCUCUCUGGCUGUGCUCCUGCUUAAAGAAAUCAGUCCUUCCUUUCCGACUUAGUCCUCGGGAAGAAGUUUCAGCCUACGAGGUAUCAUUGGAACAUUUCAAGAUCAUCAAAUCAAAUUCCACAGGGAUUGGUGAUCUACCAGAAGGCUCAGACAUCUGAUUGCUGACCUGUCCAGACGUCAUCUGGUCUCCCUGAACCUGAAAUCACACCAUGGAUGAUUUUGAACGUCGCAGAGAACUUAGAAGGCAAAAGAGGGAGGAGAUGCGACUCGAAGCAGAAAGAAUCGCCUACCAGAGGAAUGACGAUGAUGAAGAAGAGGCAGCCCGGGAACGGCGCCGCCGAGCCCGACAGGAACGGCUGCGGCAGAAGCAGGAGGAAGAAUCCUUGGGACAGGGGACCGAUCAGGCGGAGGUGAAUGCCCAGAACAGUGUGCCUGACGAGGAGGCCAAGACAACCACCACAAACACUCAAGUGGAAGGGGAUGAUGAGGCCGCGUUCCUGGAGCGCCUGGCUCGGCGAGAGGAAAGACGCCAAAAACGCCUUCAAGAGGCUCUGGAGCGGCAGAAGGAGUUUGACCCAACAGUAACAGAUGCAAGUCUGUCGCUCCCAAGCAAAAGAAUGCAAAAUGACACAGCAGAAAACGAAACUGCCGAGAAGGAAGAAAAACGUGAAAGUCGCCAAGAAAGAUACGAGAUAGAGGAAACAGAAACAGUCACCAAGUCCUACCAGAAGAAUGAUUGGAGGGAUACUGAAGAAAACAAGAAAGAAGACAAGGAAAAGGAGGAGGAGGAAGAAGAGAAGCCAAAGCGAGGGAGCAUUGGAGAAAAUCAGGUAGAGGUGAUGGUGGAAGAGAAAACAACUGAAAGCCAGGAGGAAACAGUGGUAAUGUCAUUAAAAAAUGGGCAAAUCAGUUCUGAAGAGCCUAAACAAGAGGAGGAGAGGGAACAAGGUUCAGAUGAGAUUCCCCAUCAUGAAAAGAUGGAAGAGGAAGACAAGGAAAGAGCUGAGGCAGAGAGGGUAAGGUUGGAAGCGGAAGAAAGAGAAAGAAUUAAAGCCGAGCAAGACAAAAAGAUAGCAGAUGAACGAGCAAGAAUUGAAGCAGAAGAAAAAGCAGCUGCCCAAGAAAGAGAAAGGAGAGAGGCAGAGGAGAGGGAAAGGAUGAGGGAGGAAGAGAAAAGGGCAGCAGAGGAGAGGCAGAGGAUAAAGGAGGAAGAGAAAAGGGCAGCAGAGGAGAGGCAGAGGAUAAAAGAGGAAGAGAAAAGAGCAGCAGAGGAGAGGCAGAGGAUAAAGGAGGAAGAGAAAAGGGCAGCAGAGGAGAGGCAAAGGGCCAGGGCAGAGGAGGAAGAGAAGGCUAAGAUAGAAGAGCAGAAACGUAACAAGCAGCUAGAAGAGAAAAAACGUGCCAUGCAAGAGACAAAGAUAAAAGGGGAAAAGGUAGAACAGAAAAUAGAAGGGAAAUGGGUAAAUGAAAAGAAAGCGCAAGAAGAUAAACUUCAGACAGCUGUCCUAAAGAAACAGGGAGAAGAGAAGGGAGCUAAAGUGCAAGCUAAAAGGGAAAAGCUCCAAGAAGACAAGCCUACCUUCAAAAAAGAGGAGAUCAAAGAUGAAAAGAUUAAAAAGGACAAAGAACCCAAAGAAGAAGUUAAGAGCUUCAUGGAUCGAAAGAAGGGAUUUACAGAAGUUAAGUCGCAGAAUGGAGAAUUCAUGACCCAUAAACUUAAACAUACUGAGAAUACUUUCAGCCGCCCUGGAGGGAGGGCCAGUGUGGACACCAAGGAGGCUGAAGGCGCCCCCCAGGUGGAAGCCGGCAAAAGGCUGGAGGAGCUUCGUCGUCGUCGCGGGGAGACCGAGAGCGAAGAGUUUGAGAAGCUCAAACAGAAGCAGCAGGAGGCGGCUUUGGAGCUAGAGGAACUCAAGAAAAAGAGGGAAGAGAGAAGGAAGGUCCUGGAGGAGGAAGAGCAGAGGAGGAAGCAGGAGGAAGCCGAUCGAAAACUCAGAGAGGAGGAAGAGAAGAGGAGGCUAAAGGAAGAAAUUGAAAGGCGAAGAGCAGAAGCUGCUGAGAAACGCCAGAAGAUGCCAGAAGAUGGCUUGUCAGAUGACAAGAAACCAUUCAAGUGUUUCACUCCUAAAGGUUCAUCUCUCAAGAUAGAAGAGCGAGCAGAAUUUUUGAAUAAGUCUGUGCAGAAAAGCAGUGGUGUCAAAUCAACCCAUCAAGCAGCAGUAGUCUCCAAGAUUGACAGCAGACUGGAGCAGUAUACCAGUGCAAUUGAGGGAACAAAAAGCUCAAAACCUACAAAGCCGGCAGCCUCGGAUCUUCCUGUUCCUGCUGAAGGUGUACGCAAUAUCAAGAGUAUGUGGGAGAAAGGGAAUGUGUUUUCAUCCCCCACUGCAGCAGGCACACCAAAUAAGGAAACUGCUGGCUUGAAGGUAGGGGUUUCUAGCCGCAUCAAUGAGUGGCUAACUAAAACCCCAGAUGGAAACAAGUCACCUGCUCCCAAACCUUCUGACUUGAGACCAGGAGACGUAUCCAGCAAGCGGAACCUCUGGGAAAAGCAAUCUGUGGAUAAGGUCACUUCCCCCACUAAGGAGCCUGUUUCUAAAGAAACCCAUGCUGUGAAAUAGAGACUUUUCUACUGAUCAUCGUAACUCUGUGUCUGAACAGUGAUACCAACCACAUCUGAAGUCAACAGAAGAUCCAAGUUUAAAAUUGCCUGCGGAAUGUGUGCAGUAUCUAGAAAAAUGAACCGUAGUUUUUGUUUUUUUAAAUACAGAAGUCAUGUUGUUUCUGCACUUUAUAAUAAAGCAUGGAAGAAAUUAUCUUAGUAGGCAAUUGUAACACUUUUUGAAAGUAACCCAUUUCAGAUUUGAAAUACUGCAGUAAUGGUUGUCUUUUUUAAAAAAAAGGAAAUGUACUGUUAAGGUAUUACUUUUUUUCAUGCUGAUGAUUCAUAUCUAAAUUUCAUUAUUAUGUUAGCUGACAGUGGUACUGAUUUUUUAGGUUGGUUGUUUUGUGGAUUUCUUUAGUAGUGAUAGUAGCCUGAACCACAUUUUAGAUAACUCAUGUAUGUAUGUAUGUGCAUACACAUAUACAAACACACUAAUGGUAGAAUGCUUUUUUAUGUGCUAGACUAUUAUAUUUAGUAGUAUGUCAUUGUAACUAGCCAGUAUCACAGCUUUUGAAAAAUUAAAGAAUCACAUUAUAUUAAUAUUUCAUAUUUGCCAAUAGAAACAUGGCAGAUAGGUAUCAAUAUGUUUUCAAUGCCUGAUGACCUAUAAGAAGAAAGUAUUGAAAAGAGAGAUUAGAAGUGUCACAAGGAGUUGAAAUUUUCUAAAAGACAUAGUAUUUAGUUUAUAAUUAAAUGCAUUCUUGAAGUCCAGUGUGAAUUUUAUUAAUGCUAUCAUCUCGACCAAGCUCAAAGCCUACUUAUUAGAAACAAUGAAGUUCACAAUAGGUCAUAAGGUCUCUUCCUUUUCUAAAAUUGAAAGACAAGAAAUUUAGUGCCAAUAUUGUACAGAAUGAAAUUCCAUGAGUCUCACAAAGACUACCUUUGGUUAAAUGUCUGCAAGCAGAGAAGUAAAGUGAGCAAAAUCCAGUGUUGAGGAGUCAUGACAGUACUUUGAUCUUUAUAUACUCUGAAACAUUUCUUUAAAUUAAACUUUUCUACCUUUAUUUGUCAUUGGUACUUGUAGUAAGUUGACAAUGUGGUGAAAUUUCAAAAUUAUAUGUAACUUCUACUAGUUUUACUUUCUCCCCCAAGUCUUUUUUAACUCAUGAUUUUUACACACACAAUCCAGAUCUUAUUAUAGCCUCUAAGUCUUUAUUCUUCACAGUAGAUAAUGAAAGAGCCCUCCAGUGUCUUGGCAAAAAUGUUCUGGUAUAGCUGGAUACGUACAGUGGAGUUAUAUAAACUCACACCUCAGUGGACUUAACCAAAAUUGUGUUAGUCUCAACUCCUACCACACUGAGGAAGCCUCCCAAAUAACUAUUUUCUUAUCUGCAGUAUUCCUUCAGAAGAGCUAACCAGGGCAGGGCUGGCAUGAGAAGUGACCCGUGCGUUAUAAAGUCUGUCUUCCUCAGAAGUUUGUAAAGAGCAGUUGAAUAUUCUAGCUUUAGCAAACCUAGGCCAAAGGAAGGAAAGCCAUGAAGAAUGCAGAAGUCAAACACUCAUGUCAGAGUAGGCGCAAGUCUACAAUAAGCUAAAUCAGAAUUUACAAAUACAAACGUUCCAGGUAGCAUUGACUCCCAUCGUUGGAGUGAAAUGGAUCAAAGUUUGAAUUAAGGCCUAUGGUGAGGUAACAUUGCUUUGCUGUACUUUUGAACAAGAGCUUCUCCUGAUCACUGUUAUAUAUUUUUCUAGAAAAUCUAAAGUUCAGAAGAGAAUGUAUCACUGCUGACUUUUAUUCCAAUAUUUGGAUGGAGUUAAGUUUUAGGGUAGAAUUUUGUUCAGUUUGGAUUUAAUCUUUUGAAAAGUAAAUUCCUGGUUUACUGAUUUGACUAUAAUUCUCUGUUAUCUUUAUGAGGUAAAACUGCAAGCUGACUAGCAUGUUCUGUGAAUCUGCCAUUCCUAAAACUUUUAUAAACACUUCAUAUUUUUCACUGAUAAUUGAUCGCUCCAAUAAACAUAUAUUGUGAAAAUGCAUCCACAAUAAAUGGAAUUCCUUCCUGCAAAA